AUGUCUUCUGCUUUCUUGGCUGCCUUUUUCGGUCCGGGGCUGGAGCUGGAAUUCCGACCUUUGUGGAAAAACAAAGUCGAGGAUGAGUUCAAGAUUGAUCUCCACCGUUGUUUCGGCCUCAAUGCUGACUUACUUGAAAAGGCAUGGGCGUCGUUCGCAUCCAUUUUCAAGAACCAGUUGGAAAUGAAGCGCAAUGCCACACACGCAGAGAGGGCGGAGGCCAAGAAACGGCUUCAAGACACGCUGAGUUACGACCUGAUGCAAAUUCCGUCGGCCCUGGCAAAGUGUGAUCUGUGGCGGGGCAAGCAGAAACUAGUCGAGGAUGCCUACUUCAUGAUGCUCUCUCGACGAGCCUUGUUGGACCGGACGAACUUCGUCAUGGUAUCGACAUCACCGAGCAGGUGA